UUUCCAACCACACUCUUUUCUUCUAUCCUUCUUCUUCGCUCCGUAUUCCAAACCCAAAAGGGCAAACACGUCAACUCACACGGACACCGUUACUUCCCUUCCCGUUAACCCUCAACCAGACACAUUCUCUUCCACAAUCGUAACCGGAGCUACAAGUUAAGGUUCACUUUCACUUCAUCUAAGUAGACACCGAAAGAAGGUUCCAGAACCAGUAAGAUGGGCGGAGGCGGAGCGGCGAUGGCGAUGGCGCUUGCGGAGGCACAGUACUCGUUGGCCAAGACGUCGGUUUGGUGGGACAUAGAGAACUGCCAAGUGCCGAAAGGGUGCGAUCCCCACGCCAUCGCGCAGAACAUAAGCUCCGCCCUCGUUCGGAUGAAUUAUUGCGGCCCCGUUUCCAUCUCUGCUUACGGGGACACCACUGGCAUCACUGCCUCCGUCCAGCAUGCGCUCUCCAGCACCGGCAUCUCCCUCAACCAUGUCCCCGCCGGUGUUAAAGAUGCAAGUGAUAAAAAGAUUCUUGUUGACAUGCUGUUCUGGGCGGUGGACAAUCCUGCACCUGCUAAUUACUUAUUAAUAUCUGGUGAUAGAGACUUCUCCAAUGCUCUUCAUCAGUUGCGGUUGAGGAGGUAUAAUAUUCUUCUUGCACAACCACAGAAAGCUUCUGCACCCCUGGUAGCAGCUGCUAAGAGUGUGUGGCUUUGGACUAGUCUCUUGGCUGGAGGACCUCCCCUUACGAAUGGUGAAUCACAAGUUGGUAAUAAUGACAUCCAAUUGUCUUCUGAUACGGUACAAAGUCCUGUCCAUAAUUCCUUUCAGAUACCACAGUAUGUGGAAUCCCAUUCAGAAGUUCAUACAGGAAAUCAGAAAUUUCCUGGUACAGGAAGGCAACUUGAUUCUAGACAUCAUGGGAAGACGAAUUGGAGAAAUUCAAGUAAACCAAAUGGACACAAGGUCAUGAAUCCAGCUCCAGUUGGACUUCAAGAAAAUUAUGGCUAUAUAAAUUCUUCUCGACCUGGGAACUAUACCCAUAGUGUUCCAAGUGGUUCUACACCAAAUUUUACCCAUAAUGUUCCCCCAAGUGGUUCUUCACCAAAUUUUACCCAUAAUGUUCCCCCAAGUGGUUCUACAACAAAUUUUACCCAUAAUGUUCCCCUAAGUGGUUCUACAACAAAUUUUACCCAUAAUGUUCCCCCAAGUGGUUCUACACCAAAUUUUACCCAUAAUGUUCCCCCAAGUGGUUCUGCUCCUAAUUUUACUCGUGGCAAGUCUGAUCAAAUGCGCGGCAAUAAUGGUAAUCUACAAGGCAAUCAUCAAAAUCCACAUUCACAGGCAUUAAGAUCAAAUUCUUUUCCUAUGCAGCCUCCUUUUGCACCAAGCAGUUCAUUUUCCCCAAAUUCCCAAACUUUUGCAACUUCAGUAGUGCCACCUAGGACUGGUGGGCCAAGCUUCUCUGCAGCACCACUUACAAAGGUGCCAGAUAUUGGUAAUAUUUCUGGAUAUCCUAGUAACGCUCACGAUUCACACCCUGUUAAACAUUUGAACGGGGACUUGAGACGGAGUUCUUACACUAAUUCUUCAAAUCCUAUUAAGUUGAUUGAUGAACCAAAUGGGCACAUGAUACAGAAUGCACAACAUUUGUAUAAUGGCCAUCCACAUGGUCCAGAACACCAACCUACAUCAUCGGCAACUGUGGGUAAUAAUAAUCUUCCUGGUAACGGUAUGUGGGGAUCACCAGGAUUUCCUAAACCUUCUGAAUACGUCCAAGGUCUUAUAGGGGUUGUUUUACUUGCCUUGAACACACUAAAAACUGAACAAAUUAUACCAACUGAGUCAAAUAUAACGGAUUGUAUUCGAUGUGGAGAUCCCAAGCAUCGCAAUACAGAUGUCAAGAAGGCUCUGGAGAGUGCAGUUGAGCAGCAGAUGGUAGUGAAGCAGAAAGUAGGUGCUUUGCAGUUGUUUGUCGGUAAGAAUGAUAAAGUUUGGAAGUGCGUAAACCCAAUAGGUGGUAAUCCUAAGAAGCACUCAAAAGAGACAUGGAAUGAAAUUAAAAAAUUUCUAUCUACUUCUUCGGGAAGAUUAGCAAUAAUGAGUACGCAGUGCAAGUACGAAGCAGGUAUUGUGAUUAAGAAUAUGUGCUUGAAAAAUCAUGCUUUGGGCGAUGUCCUACAGAUUUUGAACAUAGCGAUUACCGUUAAAAAAUGGAUUGUGCAUCAACAAUUGGGCUGGCAACCACUUAAAAUCACCCUUACUGAGGUCAAUUCUGAUUCAGAGGUCGUAUCAUGCCAAUAACUCCAAAAGGCAUGCUGGGAAAAUGAAAUAGUAACUGAAUAUAUUAGCAGCCAGUUGGAAUAGAACACCAAGACUUAUCUGAAUCAACCUCUAAUGUGAAUCAAAGGUAGUUAGUAAUAAUGAGCUGUAGUAUGUAAGUAGCUUGAAUGCUAUAGCUUACAGAUAUGAUUGACUAUUCGUAAGGUUCUUCAAUUCUGUUCAAGGGGAAGGAAAUUAGCUUUUGGACCACAAAUAAAACUUGAAACAUACAAAACCUAAAGUCUCUUCUGGUUGCUGAGGUUACAAAUUCUCAGCCUCUGGUUUCUUAUACAGUGGAUCUAUCUUGUAACCAAUAUACUCCCCUCAAAACUUUGACUUCUACUUAUGUUUUUACACAUAUUUUGUUUGGAUAUUGACUUAUUGAACCGAACCCGUGAAUCCUUGGACUUAUGCCUCCUAAGUAGCGUCCAGGAUAAUGACCGAACUAUGAAUUGCUGGAAGUUUGUCGAGCUUCAGGCAAGCUACGUGAAUCCACUGUGUUGGUUUAUCACCUCAGAAAUGGUCUAUCAAAUCAGAUUUACUCUUGUACUAUUAUGUUUACUGGUUAUCCUUGAAGCUCAUGAUUUACUAUAGACCGUCGACCCAAAAAAAAUACCAUUUUGACCCAUGCACAGGGCAUGUUCCGGAAGGAUUUUCACUAUCAACAAAAAUCACUACAUGGAGCUUUUGGAAAUGAUCAACGAUCGGGGAACAGAAUGAUUUCUGUAUCUCGAGUAGAUGGUGCUUGUAGAGUUGUGAUUUUUAAUGUUCAUGCUUUACUUGGAGUUGGCUUUUGGCAUAUUUCUCAAAUCAUAAUUGGGAAUUUUGGCCAUUCCGUUGGGAAUAGGUCUCUGCUCCUGCUACAUUCCAUUUUCUUUUAAUGCUAAGAAUUUUGUGUAUAAACACAAUAUAUCAUAUAAGUGAGUCCUGAUUGUUGCAUCAAAAGCCCUUUCAGUUUGCCUAGUACAAUAUAAUAUUCUUGUCUUUCCAAUA